CCGCAGCCACGCUCCCGCCCCUCACGGCGCCAAGGGGGCGGCGGCCCCCCCGGACCCCGCCGCGGUCUCCCCCGGCCCCCGCCACAGCCCGAACGCCGCGGGGAGGAGGCGGAGCGACGUGAGCGCGGGCUCACCCCGCCGCCACCGCCUCUCGCGAGAAGAGCGGCGCUUCCCCGCCCGGUACCGGCAGCCGCGGGCGGCGAUGGGGCUGUGCGGGCGGGGCUGGGCGCGCGGCGGCGGCCUGCGGCUCCCCGGGGCAUCGGGCCCGCUCUUGGCCCUGGCGCUGGGCCGGGCCCUUUCCCGGCCGGGCCGAGUUGGCGGGUGGGCGCCGCCGCGGCCGGAGGGGAGGGCUCGGUACGGCCUGUGGGCGGCGGCGGGCGGACGGGCGCCGGCCCCGCCGGGGAGCCGCGGGCUGCGGAGCUCCAACCCCUUCACCCGCGGGCAGGAGGAGGAAUGGCGGCGCCGGAACCGGUCUGCGCUGGCCUACAUCGCCGCCGCCGCGGUGGGCAUGGUGGGCAUGUCGUACGCGGCCGUGCCGCUCUACCGCCUCUACUGCCAGGCCACCGGCCUGGGCGGAACGACGGGCACCGGCCACGGCGCGGAGCGGGUCGCCAGCAUGGAGCCGGUGAGGGACCGCGUCGUCAGGGUCACUUUCAACGCGGACGUGCACUCCAGCAUCCAGUGGAGCUUCAGGCCGCAGCAGAGUGAGAUCUACGUGGUACCAGGAGAGACUGCACUGGCAUUUUAUAAAGCAAAAAAUCCUACUGACAAACCCAUAAUUGGAAUCUCCACCUACAAUGUAAUACCCUUUGAAGCGGGACAGUAUUUCAACAAAAUACAAUGUUUCUGUUUUGAAGAACAGCGGCUAAAUCCUCAAGAGGAAGUGGACAUGCCUGUCUUUUUCUACAUUGAUCCAGAAUUUGCAGAGGACCCUAAAAUGGCUAAAGUUGAUCUGAUCACCCUCUCUUACACCUUUUUUGAAGCAAAGGAAGGACAGAAGUUACCACUUCCUGGAUAUCAGUAAAGGGCAAUCUCUACACCAUUUGACUUCUGCUACCUGACUGCCAGUUUUGAAACCAUUUUUCCAUGGAAGGAAAAACUGCAGGAGUACGGUACAAUAUGAAAUUAUAUUAUUAAACCACUGUGGGCACAUGCUGCUGUUAGGAAAGGAUGUAUUUCUGUUUAAAAGAAAAAAAAAAACAACAAACCCCAACAACUUAUGUAGUUGGAAUAUUAUUUCUUAGGGAUAGUAUUUCUUCAUCAGACAAUAGAAGGGAACACAGUGUUCCUGGGUGAGAGAGGGUUUUCUCAAGCUAUCUUUUUAUAAGAUGAUACAUGUUACCUGAAUACGGCGAGGCAAAUUUUUAAUUGCAAGUGUAAAUUGAGAUCUUCAUUUAAAUACAGAGGAACAAAUCCAUUUAAUAAGCAUCUAAAAUUGCAUUGCUGGCUCUGAAGAAUAACUUCCAUGUAAGUUACUUUAUAAAAAGGUAAAAACAGGUAAUCAGUUCAUGAAAUUGCAAAACUAAGCAAAGUUAGACUGUGUUGCUGUGUAGCCUUCCCAUGGCACAGGAGCAUAAGAUGAUUCAGAUGAUUAUGCACCCUCUUGAAUUAUUACUGAAUCAGUAGUUCGUCUGGUAAGAGCAGACUGCUCUCAAACUGUUAUCAUUUGAAUGAGGGACAGUAACUUAAGUGUAAGCACGUCAAAUCCAUGGUAUGGUUUCCAUUUGGAAAUAACCAUCUUCAAAUUUCAAUGUUGCGUUCAGCUCAUUUAAAGUGUCUGUACUGCUAACGACUGCUCUUUCACGCUGCAGAGGGCUGUACACUGGGCACCUCCACACAGAGACAAGCUCGGCUUAUGUAUGAAAGGCGCUGAAAGGAAAGGCAGUACAGAAGCAACUGCUCUAAACUGCAGGCUGAGUUAAUAGCAUAGGAGUCUCCUCAAAAACCAGAAGGAAACCAGCCCCAUUCAGAGGUUAAGUCCGACAAAGCCUGCCCAGCAGCGAAUCAGUUGUUCAGAGGUACUCCUAGGUACUCUGUUUACCAUCAGAACACGUAAGCCUGUAUUUAUGUAACUUUUGGUCAUUAUCUGUGGGGUAGGGAUAAUAACACUUUAUCAUAGCUUUGCAAAUGAGGAGCGAGUUGCAGAGCAAGUUUAAGUGACCUACUCAUUUUCAGACAGGAAUUAAGCUCGACCCAGUAUCUCAUCUGCUAGGCCAGUCCUUGCUACCCCUUUCAGCAGAUGAGAUCUAACAAAGACUAAUGUUCGUUUGUUUGGACUCAGAAAUAACUGUCAGUUACUCUAGGCUCAAUGAUGUUUGCAUACCAUAAAUUUAAAAGUGCUUUUUUGAAAAUAAAUGGAUGCUGCCUUUAAAAUGCAUUAUUGUACCAGUUAUAUGUGGGGUUUAGUUUCUGGAUGACAUUCAUGUCAGGUCUUAAACUGUAUUUAUUAAAGUUUUAAAAUUUUUCA